AACUGGUAUUGUAUCGGGACAGAUAUUUCAGAAAAAUUACUGAGUAUUUUAUAACUAUUACGCCACGUGCACUUAGAGAUAUUAAUACCGUCGGAACACUUGUUGUUAUUCUGUGAAAUAUUUGUACAUUUUUAUAUAAAUUAGGAAAAUGGUUGUAAGGCAAUAUCAAGAGGAACUUAAAUAUUUGGAAAAAAUUAAUGAUUAUUCCUGGAGAAUCAAAAAAGGUUUUCAACCUAAUAUGAAGGUUGAAGGAGUUUUUUAUGUAAACAACACAUUGGAGCGUUUGAUGUUUGAUGAAUUGCGCAAUGCAUGUCGACCAGGUGCAGUUGGAGGUUUCCUUCCUGGGAUGAAACAGAUUGCUAAUGUUGCGGCUUUGCCUGGUAUUGUAUGGAGAUCCGUUGGAUUACCAGACGUACACUCUGGAUAUGGUUUUGCUAUUGGUAAUAUGGCGGCAUUUGACAUGGAUGAUCCAAAAUCAAUUGUAUCGCCUGGUGGUGUAGGCUUCGAUAUUAAUUGUGGUGUUCGACUAUUACGAACAAAUUUAUUCGAAAAAGACGUAUUACCUGUGAAGGAACAACUUGCACAAAGCAUGUUUGAUCAUAUUCCAGUUGGCGUUGGAUCUAAAGGAAUUAUACCAAUGAAUGCACGAGAUUUAGAAGAAGCGUUAGAAAUGGGAAUGGAUUGGUCUUUAAGAGAAGGUUACAUUUGGGCUGAGGACAAAGAACAUUGUGAAGAAUACGGAAGAAUGCUUAAUGCUGAUCCAUCAAAAGUAUCAAUGAGAGCCAAGAAACGUGGACUUCCACAAUUAGGUACCUUAGGAGCUGGAAACCAUUAUGCAGAGAUUCAAGUCGUAGAAGAAAUAUAUGAUAAAUGGGCUGCAUGUAAAAUGGGAAUUGAAGAAAAAGGACAAAUUUGUGUUAUGAUCCAUUCGGGGAGCAGAGGAUUUGGUCAUCAAGUUGCUACAGAUGCACUUGUGCAAAUGGAAAAAGCUAUGAAACGUGAUAAUAUUGAAACCAACGACAGACAACUUGCUUGUGCUCAUAUUCAAUCUGCAGAAGGCCAAGAUUACUUAAAAGCGAUGGCAGCUGCUGCCAAUUUUGCAUGGGUUAACAGGAGUUCUAUGACAUUUCUUAGCCGACAAGCAUUUGCAAAACAAUUCAAUUCGUCCCCCGAUGACUUAGAUAUGCAUGUUAUUUACGAUGUGUCUCAUAAUAUUGCCAAAAUAGAAGAACACAUUGUUGAGGGAAAACAAAAAACACUUUUAGUUCAUAGAAAAGGAUCAACAAGAGCUUUUCCACCACAUCAUCCUUUGAUACCUGUAGAUUAUCAGUUAACAGGUCAACCAGUUUUAAUUGGUGGUACAAUGGGUACAUGCAGUUAUGUUCUAACUGGUACAGAACAGGGUAUGAAAGAAACAUUUGGAUCAACAUGUCAUGGUGCUGGUCGUGCUCUUUCAAGAGCGAAGUCACGUAGAAACUUGGAUUAUACGCAAGUUUUAGAAAAAUUAGAAGAAUUAGGCAUAUCUAUUCGAGUUGCUUCACCGAAAUUGGUUAUGGAAGAAGCACCAGAAUCUUAUAAAAAUGUAACGGAUGUCGUUAAUACUUGUCACGUAGCUGGAAUUUCCAAGAAGUGCAUUAAACUACGACCAAUUGCAGUUAUUAAAGGAUAAUCUUUACAACAAAUAUUUUGUCUCUUUUUUUACAAUGUGUACGCAUUUAUUUCACAUUAAAAUUGAAAUAUUGGGCAAUAAAUCUCAAAUCAUGUUUAAAACUAUAUAUUAGAGGUUUACAAUAUCCAAUACAUAAUUGCUGCUUUCCAUUUACACGAAAACUCGGAUAAUUCUCACUUGUGACGUCAUAACUCAGUUGAAUGCGCGUUCCUUUUGCAUUCUCACAAGUGAGAUUGAAUUGAGUUUAUACCCACAAUCAGCGAUUUCAAAACCUUGUGCUUUACUGAGUCUCGCGUACUCACAUUAAAGUACUGAGUAUAUUCUCACUUGCACGUUUCUUUUAACCACUAAGUAAUGACGUCACUAUGUGAGUAUAAAAUACUCACAUUACUGUGACUCAGUCUCACUUUCAGAUAAAUGGAAAGCAGUAAUUAUAUGUUUGUAAAAUCGAAUUUGUAAGGUUGAAUCGAAUUAAAUCAAAUAUUUAAUAACA